AUCAAGCCCCUAGGCAUGCAGACGGCUUCUACAAACAUUGGUGAAAGAAUGGGUCGCUCUCAGGAGCUCAGUGACUCCAAGCGUGGUCCCGUGAUAGGUGGCCACCUGGGCAAUAAGUCCAUCCGUGACAUUUCCUGGCUACUAAAUAUUCCACGCUCAACUGUUAGUGGGAUUAUAACAAAGUGGAAGCCACUGGGAACAACAGCCACUCAGCCACCAAGUGGUAGGCCACGUCACAUGACAGGGCGGGGUCAGCGCAUGCUGAAGCGCACAGUGCGCAGAAGUCGCCAACUGUCUGCAGAGUCAACAACUAAAGACCUCCAAACUUGGUGUGGCCUUCAGAUGAGCCCAACAACAGUGCGUAGAGAGCUUCAUGGAAUGGGUUUCCAUGGCCGAGCAGCUGCAUCCAAGCCUUCCAUCACCAAGUGCAAUGCAAAGCGUCGCAUGCCGUGGUGUAAAGCACGCUGCCACUGGACUCUAGAGCGGUAGUUGCCGGACAGCAUUUUGCUAAGUGUAAAGUUU